AUGUCGACGUCCCUCUUCGGUUCCUCGCUGUUUACACGAAAGCCGCGCUCGCUUAACAGAGAUCGGAAAAUGGACAAGCUUCCGCCAACGGCGGACCACUUUCCGACGGUAACAAGCGGCACCGGUGGCCCCGCGUUCGGAAGAGUACGACCCCGGCCCAGCGUCCUCCAAGUGCGGUACGCACACUCGCAUCGAACGCAGACGAGCUUUCUUCCCGACCUGGACGUAACCGAAGCUUCCACCGCCGAGAGUUGCGAUAGCAUAUCGUUCCUGCCUUUCGGAGAGCUUGAGAGGCUUCUUCCACGCAAGCCGUCGGUUGUCUCUGCUUCAACUAACACACUUUGUACACCUGCUCAUGAUACACAGCGGGCGAACCUAGCGCCAGCGCCAUCAGGCCUUCGACGGGUUAUACCGGAGGCGACACGAAACACUGGUCCGACGCGCACUGGCUCAUGUGUCUGGAACACCACGAGACAUCCCUUGCCCAGCUGUAGUCUCUCGGUCGACGACCCUCGCCCAUCCUUUGCCAGUGAGCCUGGUCCGCUCCUCUAUUACGGCCCUCGCAAUGAGGCGCAGCCGCGCUGGACGCCGCGCAGCAGCGGGGACGGGGAAACAUUGCAUCCUGUGAUGUCGGUCACUUCAUGCGAGCUACCUGGUCGUGAGUGGCACGAUGCGAUUCAGGAGGAGGAUUCGGACGGCUCGGAGUCUCCCCUCGCACCCCUAGAUGCGUUGGAAGGGUUCUGCAACGACGAUGCGACAUCUGAAGACGAAGGACGGCUCGCGAGAGACCCCCUGCCUUCCCUUGCGCGCGGCUACAACGUCCGUCAUGCAAGCUCGGUUUGGCCUAGAUCAUCUUCUCAGACAGCACUCCGGCAGUCGCAAGUCAUGCGACCGCUUGCUUCAAGAAACCGCAAACUCUCCGGUGCCUCACGGUCGUCGAGGUCCUCGGUGGGAUCGGCGCAGGGAAACCGAGCGACGACGCAGGCCGAUUCCCAGUCACCUUGCCUACCCUCUGCCAGGCCUGAUCAACUCAGCGUCCCUAUUCAUCUGGGACCCCUUCCACCCUUGCCUGAAAGCUCGUGUGAGAGAAGCAACGACUACUCGACGCGCUAUUCGUCUCUGGCUGAGACUGAUCGCCGAUGGUCGGCUGAGCUCGACACCUCGGCGAGCAGUUUCAGUGCAUUGGGACUCAACCUCUCCGGGACGGCCACCUGGGUACAUGAUCUCGAUACUUCAGCCGGAGCCUCCUAUAUUAUCCCCCCGGAAGAACGCUCGCGCAUUACAGCAGUGACGUCUGAGGUCAAAGCCCGAUCAGCUCGAUCCCUGUCCAGCGCAUCACAUUCUGACGACAGUCUUGACACUCUGCUGGUUCCGGCUAGCCCCGGAGGCAUGUCUCAAUCGCCGACACCCUUGCCUACGAGCCCCUUCCUCUGCCCCACCACGCCAGUCGGUCUGUGCCCUCCUCCUAGGCGUAAGCAUGACACUUCGCACAGCGACACCCUGUAA